UACCUAUCUUUUGUGACGGAGACAAAUUUUCAGCUGUCACUCAUUGCUCACUUUGACCAUCUGUUGGAUUCCUUGAUAACUUAUGACGUCGACCAAAUCAGAAGAAGACGAAAGUCAAAGCUGUUCAGCAUAUUGGAUAGAUUUCAGCGAUUUCAGGCCAAGCAGGUAAGUCCUGCACCUCAAGGGAUCUAUUUGUGGGGUACUGUCGGAUGCGGCAAAACCACUUUAAUGGAUUUGUUUUUCGAUUGCUGUCCAUUCGCGGAUAAAGAGCGUGUUCACUUUCACUCGUUCAUGCAGGACGUGCACAAAAAUAUGCACAACCUAAAAAUGGCAUAUAGUGGUGAGCGAGGCAGUUUCGACCCAGUACCACACAUUGUCGAUGAAAUCAUGAAUAGCUGCAGGCUUUUGUGUUUCGAUGAGUUUCAGGUGACUGAUAUUGCGGAUGCUAUGAUUUUGAAGAGGUUCUUCUCACUAUUAUUCGAUGAAGGACUCGUUGUUGUUGCUACUUCAAAUAGACCUCCCAAAGACUUGUACAAGAAUGGACUACAACGUCAUCAAUUUGUACCCUUCAUCGACGAACUAGAAAGCAGAUGCCGCAUACUUUCCUUGGAUUCUGGCAUUGAUUAUCGGAGGAUAGGAAGCGCAGGGUCCAAUAUGUUCUUUGUUCGUUCUGCAAACGAAGACACGGAUCAGCAAUGUGAUCGCGUGUUCAAGGAAUUGGUCGCAUUUGAGACAGAUAGAGUACGGCCGAAAACACUCAACAUUCUUGGACGAACAGUAGAAGUGAAGAAGUGCUGCGGUGGAGUUGCAGAUAUUGACUUCGUCGAUUGGUGCGAACGGCCAUGCGGUGCAGCUGAUUAUUUGGUGCUUGCUCGAGUAUUUCAUACCAUAAUACUUCGCAAUGUGCCUGUGCUGACCAGAUCAAAAUUGAGUGAAACCAGGCGAUUUAUCACGAUGAUCGAUACCUUUUACGAUCAGAAGCCAAAGUGGUCCAGUGAACCGUUCUCGCUUCAGGGACACGAGGUUCAACAUUCCUUUCGUUCAGAGCUUUCGUGA